CCCGCUUUAUCCCCACUCUUUAAACGGUACCGAUGGUUGACUGAGAAGUGCCUGUCCGAGUGGUUAGGGUUAGGGUUGCGCUUCUGGUAGCGACCUACAAAAAUCCUCUCUCUCAGAGUGUUAUCUUUCCGUGUCUCUCUCAGCAUCAUCACGAGCCUUCAAUCUAUUCGCCAUCUGAUCGCAUUUCCAGGUGCAUCUUGACUUGGUUGGGCACCUUGUUGGGUGAUUUCUUCAUUGUAUGCUUUCACAGCUUUACUGAAACUGUUGUUCCAUUGUUGCUUAUCUGCUUGGUUUCGGAGUCCCAGGAGUUGUAGGUCUGUUGAAGUUGAUUAAAUGGAGCAGUAUGAAAAGGUCGAGAAGAUUGGUGAAGGAACCUAUGGGGUAGUCUACAAGGCUCGCGACCGUGAGACCAAUGAGACUAUAGCUUUGAAGAAGAUCCGUUUGGAGCAGGAAGAUGAGGGUGUUCCUAGCACUGCAAUAAGAGAAAUUUCUCUACUGAAAGAGAUGCAGCAUGGAAACAUUGUCAGGUUAAAGGAUGUUGUGCACAGUGAGAAGCGGUUAUAUCUGGUUUUUGAGUAUCUGGACUUAGAUUUGAAGAAACACAUGGAUUCUUGUCCCGAGUUCUCUAAAGAUCCGCGUCUGAUAAAAAUGUUUCUGUGCCAAAUUCUUCGUGGUAUUGCUUAUUGUCAUUCUCAUAGAGUUCUUCACAGAGACCUGAAACCUCAGAACCUACUGAUUGACCGCCGGACGAAUGCACUAAAACUAGCAGAUUUUGGGUUAGCCAGAGCAUUUGGCAUUCCUGUCAGGACAUUUACACAUGAGGUGGUGACUCUAUGGUACAGGGCACCAGAAAUACUCCUUGGGUCACGCCAUUAUUCAACUCCAGUUGAUUUGUGGUCAGUGGGUUGCAUAUUUGCUGAGAUGGUGAAUCAGCGGCCGUUGUUUCCUGGGGACUCUGAGAUCGAUGAACUGUUCAAAAUUUUCAGAGUCUUGGGUACUCCCAAUGAGGACACAUGGCCUGGAGUUACUUCUUUGCCUGAUUUUAAAUCUGCCUUUCCAAAGUGGCCUCCAAAGGACUUGGCUAAUGUUGUUCCAGAUCUUGACUCAGCUGGUGUUGAUCUUCUAAAAAAAAUGCUCUGCAUUGAUCCAAGCAAAAGAAUCACAGCUAGAAGUGCUCUGGAGCAUGAAUAUUUCAAGGACAUUGGGUUUGAACCUUGAUAUCCCGUACCUUUCUCUCUGCUGCAAAGAGUACAUAUUGAAAUGUAGCAUUCUGUGUCUUUUUCUAUGAGAAGUGCUUGGCAACAGCGCCGCCCCCCCCCCCCCCCCCCCCCCCCCAAAAAAAAAAAAAAAAAAGAGAAA